CCGACGCGGAGCAGAAGAAGGGAUGCUGCUAGACGAUAACGAAAAUCUACAAAUACUCUUCACCUACAAUCUGUUUGCGCCGGGUUGCAAUGCAUGUUUUGGCGAAGCAGCGAGGGGGGGAAAGCUCGGAUAUGGCGAGCAGGACUACGUUUACGUCUGCUUUGUCUCUACAGGUGUCAGGGUCUCUGCUUGGUUUUGCAUGCUGCGAGGAGUAUCUCCUUUGUUCGGUUCGGGGCUGGAGGCGGUAAUGCGAAUAGCGGCUGUAUGUACGGCGUGAUUGCAAUGUCAGCUCAUGUUCAACUUGCCUCCUGGUAUUCGCUUUAUUCAUCGCUUUUCGGACUCUGGAUGUUGCAAAUGGCUGACGCGUCAGCAAAGUCCUGGAGCGGCCGUUGUAUCACAUAUGACGAAGUAGAUCGACGGCUCCUAGUUUUGAUCGGUCAUCUCGGCGAAUCGAAGAUUCUUGAUGUUCGGCAUGUAAUUCGGUCCUUUGUGCAUCUUCAUCAGUAUAGUCAGGAUUCCUUCUGACUCGCUGGUCAGGAUGCUUGCUUGUAACACUUGGUACGGAA